UAUAAGAAAGGGUCGAAUUCCCUUCUUCCAUCCAUUUCGUACUCCUAGUUUGUUGAUGAAGUGUUGAGGAUUGAGGAUCGGUCAAAAUGCCGGGUUUCAAAGAGAAACAUACGUUCCGGAUCCAGGAAGACGAAGAAGAUGACAAGAUUAAUCUUUCGUUGAAUCAGGUCAUCAUGAUUGGUGCCCUGGUAGCCGCCCUAGUCAUCGGGGUCGGUCUCCUCUGUUUCUACAUUCCCGACAGAAGCUGUGGGCAGGAUGACAUCAUCGGCGUUCCUACCUCCGAUCCUCAAAAGGGAAAAACAACCCCUAGAGCUACGACAGAGGGCAGCGAGGUGACAGAUCCCGAAAUACCCACCACCACCACCAAGUCUACUACACCAACAGCCUUCGUUCCUUCCUCCGAUCCUCAGAAUGUAAAAACAACCCCUAGAGCUACGACAGAGGGCAGCGAGUCUACUACAUCAACAGCUAGCCCGUCUGGACCAUGGCCUGGUCGACUAACAACUGCCGUGAUGCCAGAGUCGUACGAGCUGUUCCUCAAACCCUACAUCUACGACGACGACGUGCCUUCAGGAAAAGCAAAAUUCACUUUUGACGGAAUCGUCACUAUCCGCGUCCGAUGCAACAACGCUACCAAUCGCAUCACUCUGCAUGCUGUGGAUAUCACCAUCCAUACCAUCAAGGUCUUCAUGGUGGGCGAUACCGUCGAUAUGUAUGAGAGUGAUUUGGAGGAAAAAGAGUACGAAUUCCUCCACAUUGAGCUCAAUGACGAACUCGUCGUCGAUGGGGUAUAUGACAUCGAAAUCGAUUAUCUCGGUCAGCUGAAUGCUGGACUGUCAGGAUUCUACCGCACUAGUUAUUUGACCGAAGAUGGGACAAUUGUUUGGGGAGCAACAAGUCAGAUGCAACCUACCAGUGCGAGGAAGGCGUUGCCUUGUUUCGACGAGCCCGCCUUCAGAGCUGUCUUCAACACGACUAUUGUACAUCGCUCCUACAUGGCCGCCAUUACAAACGGUAUUGAAAUCGACGAAGAAGACUUAGCAGAUGAAUGGACAAGGACCACCUACCUUCCAACCCCCAAAAUGCCCACCUAUCUUCUCGCCUUUACGGUCGGCACAUUUGACUACACGGAGAACAUCACCGCCAACGGCGUUCGAUUCCGUGCAUGGUCUCGACCCGAGGCCGUGAACAACACCCGGUACGCACUCGAAACCGGCUCAGAGAUCAUCACCUAUUUCGAAGACUAUUUCGGUAUCCCAUUUCCUCUAGAAAAGCAAGAUAUGAUCGCAGUGCCCGACUUUGCAGCGGGGGCCAUGGAGAACUGGGGCCUCAUCAUCUACAGAGAGACAGCCAUGUUGUACGACCCUGAGGUUAACUCGGCCAGCAACAAACAGUAUGUUGCCGUCGUGGUUUCCCAUGAACUUGCUCAUCAGUGGUUCGGUAAUCUCGUUACUCCUAAAUGGUGGGACGAUCUCUGGCUCAACGAGGGAUUCGCAAGCUACGUCGAAUACCUCGGCGUUGACUUUACAGAGCCCACAUGGGGCAUGAAGGAACAGUUCGUAAUCAACGACUUAGAACCAGUCUUUGAGCUCGAUUCCUUGGGAACUUCUCACCCGGUUCGUGUCGACGUAGGUGCUCCGGCAGAAAUCAAUGAAAUAUUUGAUUCGAUUUCUUACAACAAGGGUGGUUCCAUUCUGAGAAUGCUGAAUAACAUCCUGACAGAGGAAGUGUUUACACGGGGCCUUACAGCUUAUCUUAAGGAACAUGCCUAUGGCAACGCUGACUCGGACGAUCUUUGGAGCGCCUUAACGGAGGCUGACAAAGAUGACGGUGGCCUCGACGUGAAAGCCAUCAUGGACACCUGGACAUUACAGAUGGGCUAUCCUCUAGUCACCUUAGAACGGACAGAUCGAAAAACAGUAACGGCACAUCAGGAACACUAUCUCUCUAACCCAUCUGAGGGUGUCAGUCAGGAAUACGGAGAUCAGGGGUACUUAUGGCAAGUUUACAUCCAAUACACGGACAAGACAACCAACAACUUUAUUAUGCCAAACUCAGCUUGGAUGGAAAAAGAUCGUUCUAUCGAAUUCGAGCUUGCAGAUACUGUGGAUGAAAAUGACUGGUACAUGGUGAACACUUACCAGUAUGGCUUCUACAGAGUAAACUAUGAUCAUGAAAACUGGAUGAGGUUGACCGAUCAACUCAUGACUGACCACAAGGUUUUCCCCAACGAAAAUCGUGCUCAACUGAUUGACGACGCGUUCAGCCUUGCCCGCACUGGGAAUAUCUCCAUGGAAACCGCGCUAAAUCUCACUAGAUACCUUGGAAACGAAAAGGAUCUUCUGCCAUGGGAGGCCACACUGGACUACAUGUCCUACAUCACUAACAUGUUCAGACUCAGUGGAGGCUUUGGCCCUCUAGAGUUGUACAUGCAAGCUUUGGUGGAGCCUCUCUACGACUCUCUAGGCUGGAAUGACACUGACGAAGUCCUUGAGCAAUACAAUCGAAACAACGCCAUUCGUGUAGCGUGCUACUACCGCGUGACAGACUGUCUGGACCAAGCCUCCAAACUCUACCAAGAUUACAUGCAAAAUCCUGAUAACAACCCCAUUAGCAACAAUCUCAAGACCACUGUGUACUGUAACGGUAUCCGUGAUGGCGGUCAGACCGAGUGGGAGUUCGGCUGGAACAAGUACCUCUCGUCCUCCGAUUCCUCAGAGAAAUCAAAAUGGCUGUCGGCCCUUGGAUGCUCUAGACAGCCUUGGAUUCUGAACCGGUACCUGAUGUAUACGGUGGCAGAAGACACCCAGGUUCGAAGCCAGGACGUCUCGUCCGUACUGUCAGCCGUGGGCAACAACCACGUCGGUAUUGAUCUCGUGUGGGACUUCUUGCGUAAUGAUUACGACAAGAUCUAUGAUUUAUUUGCUACCAGUAUAUUCACCUUCUCCAGCAUUAUUUCUGCCGUGCCGCAAAACUUCAACACCGAGCAACUCUUAGAGGAGUGGAUAGCGUUCGGUGAAGGGAGGGAUUUCGGUCCUGCGACGAGGACUUACGAGCAAGGAACCGAGACCAUCAAGAUCAACAUCCAAUGGAUGGAGAAGUAUGAGGACUCGAUCACCGAGUGGUUAAUGAGGGCUCUAUAGGAAACAUGUAGAGAAGAGGCAUCACCACCAUCAACAUCAUCGUCACCAUCAACAUCAUCGUCACACUAAUGGAAUCAAAGGGGUUUCUUGCAGGAUUUAUUAUUCCUCAACCAUUUUAGCGACAUACGAUGUAACAGCGGUGGUUGGGAUGAGUGUGUAUACCCCCAGACACUCCCUCCAUUAAUUCCCCACUUCAGAAAAUCAAGUUAUAGUUCAUACCUCUUCCAAAAGUCCUAUUUUCCUGAACAACUGACGUAUGUUAUUCAAUGAGGCUAAUUUAUAUAGACUUACAAGAGGAAGAAUCACCCAUGGCUCAAUCCGUACUUACAAUUGUAUCGAAAUUGUAUUGUAUGAUAUCUUUGGAAUUUCAAUUUUAGUAGGCUAGUCGUAAGAAGUUAUAAACUCAUUAUAUUGGAGUUCAAUCAAAGCACAAUUCAUUUGUUAUCCAGUAACUGUUAAGAUACAAGAACACAAAAAUAAGAUUAAAUGGUAAUGCCUGGUUAA